AUGCCAGAAGCACCCCUGACGCUGCCGGACCUGAUCCGGACCAUCCGGGCCGCACGGACCCAGGCAGAGGAGCGGGACCUGGUCCAGCGAGAAAGCGCCAAGAUCCGGGGUGCCUUUCGAAGUGAUGAGCCGGACGCGCGGGCCUCCAACUUGGCCAAGUUGCUCUACCUUCAUAUGCUGGGGUAUCCUGCUCACUUUGGACAGAUGGAGUGCCUGAAGCUCGUCGCCUCCCCAAAAUACCACGAAAAGCGGAUCGGCUACCUCGGCGCUGCCCUGCUCCUGGACGAGAAGCAUGACACGCACCUUCUCCUGACCAACAGCCUCAAGAACGAUCUCCGGCACCCCAGUGCCUGGGCCCAGGGCUUGGCACUGAGCGCCCUCGGCACUUUGGGCUCCGCGGCGAUGCUCCGAGACUUAGCGGGCGAGGUGGGCCAGCUGGCCAGGAUGGGGCAGCUCUCGGUGCGAAGGAAGGCUAUGAUUUGUUCUGUACACCUCAUCCGGAAGGUGCCGGACCUCACAGAUGCGUUCAUCCCCGUUGCCGAGAAGCCACUGACCGAACAAACUCAAGGGCUUCUGCACGCCACGGUUACUUUAAUCGCAGAGAUGUGUGAAAAAAGCUCGCAAGCCCUGGAACACUUCCGCAAGUACGUCUCCCAGUUGGUGGGAAUUCUGCGCAACCUGGUGGUGACUGGGUAUUCUCCGGAUAAAAGUAUCUCAGGAAUCAGUGACCCUUUCCUGCAGGUACAGAUCCUGCGUCUGCUGAGGAUUCUGGGACGAGACCAUGACGACGUCAGUGAGGCCAUGAAUGACUCCUUGGCCCAGGUGGCCACCAACACAGAGACAACCCGGAAUGUGGGUAACGCCAUCUUGUACGAGACUGUUCUGACCAUCAUGGGUGUCCAGUCGACCAGCGGACUCCGGGUUCUUGCUAUAAAUAUUCUUGGGCGCUUUCUCCUCAACAAGGAUCAGAACAUCAGGUACGUGGCGCUCACAUCCCUACAGAAAUUGCUGCAAGCAGAGAACACCGCGGUUCAAAGGCACCGGGCCACAGUCCUCACCUGCCUGGCCAACCCCGACCCGACCGUGAAGAGGCGUGCCCUGCAGCUUAGUCUGGCCCUGGUGAAUAGCAGCAACGUGAGGACGACCACCAAGGAACUGCUGGCGUUCCUUGACACGUGUUCGCCUGACCUGAAGUCGGACUGCGCUUCUGGAAUAUUCCUCGCAGCUGAAAAGUUUGCGCCCAACAAGCGAUGGCACAUUGACACUGUCCUUCAAGUUCUGACUAUGGCCGGCUCAUACGUGCGUGACGACGCCGUGCCCAACCUCAUCCACCUGAUCGGAGGAGCAAAGGAGCUGCAUGGUUAUGCCGUGCAGCGGUUGUACGAGACGGCAGUCCAAGAUAUUUCUCAGCAACCGCUGGUCCAAGUGGCCACCUGGUGCAUCGGUGAAUACGGCAGCCUCCUGUUGGAUGGCGGCUGCGACGAGGUGGAGCCGAAGCAGGUGGAUCCAGAGGAGAUGCUGUCCUUGCUCCAGCAGGUGCUGCAGUCGCAUCUCUCCCUGCCGGCUACCCGGGCCUACGCGCUCACCGCCCUCAUGAAGCUUGGCACCCGCCUGCAGGACAGCGCCGUCAACCGGAUCCGGAGUGUGGUAUCCAUUUAUUGCAGCUGCCACGACGUGGAGCUGCAGCAACGAGCAGUCGAAUAUAACGCCCUUUUCCGGAAGUACGACCACCUCAGAGCGUCUUUAUUGGAGAAGAUGCCCUUAGUGGGCAGAGGCAGCGAUGGCAAAGAAAGACCGGGGAACGAAGGAGAGAGCGUUGCUCCUGAGGUCCUGGAGGGGGCGCCACCCAGCCAUCCUGAGCAGAAAGAGGAGCUUAACCAGGUCUCUGAUCUCUUGGAUCUCCUUGGGGAACCUACAGAUCCUUCCCCCGUUCAGCCCAGCACGGCUCCCCCAGCGAUGGGAUCCUUCCUAGAUCUGCUGCAAGAACUAAAGGAACCAGCCACCACUUCCUUCUGCAUGACCGUGUACGAACACGACGGCCUUCUGGUCGAAUUCGCGAUGACGCGCCCCCCGCUGGAGCCCACCUUGCUGCUGAUCACGGCCACCGUGUCCAACCAGACCGACGACGACAUUCCUGGCUUUUCCCUGCAAGUGGCUGUUCCCAAGUCUUUCCAGGUGGAGCUUCUGGUUCCCAGCAGCUCAACUGUUCCACGCCGGGGGGGUUCUCCCAUUACUCAACUCAUCCGAGUGCUGAACCCAAAGAAGCUCCCACUCCGGAUGAGGUUGCGGCUUGCCUACACCCUACCCUCCGGGGCCACAGUGCAGCGAAUCGAGGAAAUCAACUCAUUCCCAGAGACUGCCUGGAAAUGA